CACAUAGAUAUGUGACCAUUUGUCAUCUGAUUGCAGUAGGAUUUGAAUUUCGCUUGUAUAUGUUGUGUGAAAAAAAAAUAGUGUGUAAUAUAAUACGCACAGUUAACAAAUUUGUCUCGGAAGGAACAUAAACAAUUGUCACCAUCUAGCCAAGUUCGGAGAAAAAAAAUGAGUAAGAACAAAUACGUUGAAUUGGCAACAGUAGGCACUAAUUACGCAAUGCGUAUGAAUCGCCUGAGCAAUCGAAUCUUCGGGGAAGUGGUCAGACCGACUAAUUUGAAAUCGAUGAAAGUCGUUAAACUGUUCAGUGAGAAACCGAUAAACAAACGACCUGAGAUUGUCGAAUAUUAUCCGAGAUUUAAGGAAACGGAAACACUGAUGAAACAUUUGCGUAAUUAUGGAUUGUACAGAGACGAGCAUCAAGAUUUCAAAGAGGAAUACGAUCGUCUGAGAGCUCUGCGUGGUAAAACGAAAUGGAUACCACCUCCCUUCAGAAAUAAACAAAAUAAAGAAUAGAGAACAACAAAUCUGACUUACUUUGUAUUCGGACGCCAAUGCAAUGUUUCUUUGAGGAUGUUGCUUCAGUCAAACAAAUAUAUUAUUACAUAACUAUGUAAUAACACACAUAGCAAAAAAGAUGGAGCAUUAUGUGUUUUAUUUAUAUCAGAGUUAAAUAGAAAAAUAAGUUAAACAUUUGUUUUCUUAUUGAAUCUUCCAUCUUUGCUCUAUUUUGUAGCUGUGUUAUGAAUGUUUGUUACUUUAUUGUGGAAUGAUUAUUUAUAUUUGAUAAAAUAUCACAACAGUUUUAUAUAAAUGUACACAAUUAUAAGCG